CACAAUGUCUGAAACUGCCACAUUUGCCGCUGGAUGCUUCUGGGGUGUUGAGCACAUUUUCAACAAGCAUUUCUUGAAAGAUGGCAUUAUCACGCGUGUUGGCUAUAUGGGAGGUCAAUUAGAAAAUCCUUCAUAUAAACAGGUGAAAACAGGGACCACUGACCAUGCCGAAGUUUGCGAAAUAAAAUUUGAUCCUAGCAAAGUGAGCUAUGAGACUUUGGUCGAAUUCUUUUAUAGUAUGCAUGAUCCCACCACUCUCAACUUCCAAGGCCCUGAUGUUGGUACCCAAUAUCGUUCUGUCAUUUUCUACCACAGCCCUGAACAAAAAUCUAUUGCUGAGAAAGUAACUCAGGAAGUAUUGGAAAAGCAUUACAAAAAGGAGGGAAUCGCAACCCAAAUUGUUCCAGCACAACAAUACUAUGAUGGAGAAGAAUAUCAUCAGUUUUACUUGGAGAAAAAUCCUGAAGGUUACGCAUGUCCUACCCACUACCUCCGUUGGUAAUCCAUUAAAACGAAACCAAAAAGCCAUUGUAAAUUACUCGCCCAUAAGCCAAACACAUCAUCAAAUCAUAUCUGCCACCCCCUUUUCUAUUGCAUAUUAUUAAAUCCUAAACUACUAUAUUCACACGAACCUUUUAAAAUAAUAAUAAUUGUGUGUACAAUAUACAUUGAAACGAAUA